UUUUUGCUAUUUGUUUGGUUUUGACGUGUAACCUAUUACUUUGAUGCUUUCCCUUUAUUUACUAAGAAUUGAAUAAAAAUCUGUUUAGAAUCUCCUUAACAAUGUCGAGUGGUCAAUGGGAAGUUGUUGGGAAGAAUAAGAAGUCGCAGAACGGUAAAAUAAAAACUAAGGAGGAUGAAAAGAAAGCUGUAAAAAAUGGGCCGAAACUGGAAGAUAUCGUACCUCAUUCUCAAAUAAAAUCUUUCUACUCUGGCAUGGAGAUUGAUGAAGAGAGAAAACCACAGAAAGAUAAGAAGAAAGAUGGUGACAAGAAGAAGAAGCAAGAUAAGAAGAACUCUGAGCCUCCAAAACCCAAGCCUCCCAAGACCAUUGAAGGUGCCUUGGAAAUUUUGGAUGCGGCGGAACUAGCCAAUAUAAUAACAACGAACAAGAUACGCUUCUCAAACGCGCCUCUCGUGUGGCUAAAAGAAGUCGCCGCCUUCCUAAACUCCAAGAUCCAGAUAGAUGUAGAUGACCCCACCUUUGCUUCUUACCCCUCCUUGUACCCCCUUUCCGUUGUCCCCGAAGAUAUUAGGAACUCUCUGUCCAGUGUACUGCAAGAUGCUGGGAAAGCGAAUGCGCAACUUUUCUUUGAUGUUACUCUGACUGCGCUUGCCAAUGAUAUGAGCAGAGGUCAAUUUGUGAAUGGACACAGAAUACUGCUUCAGAUAUUGGCUCAAGACUACCCAGAGUUCUGCAUUACGUCGGUACAGAAGAGCGCUAGCCUCCGCAACUCCUAUCAAAAUAGGCCGCCUAUUGGCCUCUCCUUGUUGUGGGCUUUCGGCCAAGGCGGCAUUAGUGAUUUCGCUGUUGGUCUCAAAGCUUGGCAAGAACUAUUCCUUCCUAUAAUCGAGCUAAAGAACUAUUCGAAAUACGUAAUAGGCUACUUGGCCAGCCUUUUAGACGAACACGCCACAAUGGAAAGCACCAAAGUAACCCAGGACCAGCUGUUCGCCAUGAUGGACAUGGUGAAUAACAAGAGGAGUGCACUGCCAAAGGAUCUGUCAAGUGACCUUAUCAAGCAAUUAAUUAAAUAUAAGGAUAUAUUUUUCACUAAAAGCAAUAAUAAGCUCCAAGUGACCUUCAAUCAACUUAUGAAAAAGUUGCCCAACCAGUACCUGAGUGGUGCUACGUUGGACCCCUAUCAUAAGGUUCUGGUGGACUGCCUAGUGGACUGUCUUGUGAAGGACCCCUCCUGUAAUGCUACUUGGCAACAGCUCUUCUAUAAGUGCAGUAAGCAGUCCGCCACCCUACUAGAUUAUAUUGAUACUAACUGGGAAGAAGUCAGUCCAAAAUUGAAACACAAGUCGUUGAAAGCGUCAGUAUUGCAGUACAAAGAAGUAUGUGGCGAAGCUUUGAAAGGCAAGAAGAAGGAUGAAAACGUUGUAAGAAUUAACAAGAUAUGCCAGGAUAUUCUAGACAGAAUGACAAGUACUAGAAGGUUCCCUUGGAUCUGGGCCAGCUUCUUCCUUUUCGUUGGCAUAGCUGGGCUGGUGGCUUACGAUGUCUCAAGAGCGGGUGGUAAUUUCCCAAAAAGCACAACAGGGCGUUUGUUGAACGACCUUGGCGUGUUAGAGCAUAGUCAGCGCGCAUGGCAGAAGACCCUGUCGACGUCAGCGCGCGGCUACCUCUGGCUGGAGACCAACGCGCCCGUGUACUACACACUAACUGUCGACGUCUGUAAGCCCUACGUCCAACUGUCGAAAGACUUCGCCAUUUUAGCUGUGAAGAAAGCCGGCAUCUUAUACGACAAUACUAAAGAAUACGUGACCGAGAAAACCCCAGUAGUUUUAGCCACGAUAGAGCAGUACGCGCCGGGCCUCGUGGGUAACGUCCAGAGUUACACCGCCACCGGUUGGGAAACCGUCAAGAAGUAUUCCAGUGAUUACUACCAGCUGACCGCUGAAUACUUGAAGACCAAAGUGUUCAUAGGCGACUGGGCGCCAGAAAUCCUGCAGAACAAGACUGAAAGUGCACUGAACGUGACCCGGUUCCACGUGUCCUCGUAUUUCCAUUGGUUCCGGGAACAGGUGCACCUCUACUCCAAGAUACCUUGAACUGUGGACACCAUCCGUAGUGAUAACUGUGCUUCACAGCCAGAGGACUGCGUUUAUAGUGUUACUUUGUGUUUGUUCUCAUCAUCUUAGUGUGGCAGUUGUCAAAAACCUAGUGCUAUCUUACCAUGUGUUCAUAGGCAUACUUACUUGUCUUAAAUUCAGGUAUGGGCAUUACACUUCGUCGACCCAAGUGUUUCGAAAUUUAUAUUGUCACAAAGAAGUUCUGUAAUUUUAGUUAAACUACUCUGUCUUUUGUUUUUAAUACCAACAAAACAAAAAAGCAAGUACUUCAUUGACUAUUCGUUCCUAUUUAAUUUUAGAGCUGGACUUUGCACAAAACGAACACAGUCCUCUGCGUGAAUGUGUCUUAUCAAACCUCUUUUAAACAUUUCUGUUUCAUUUAUAUAAAAAAAAAUCAAAUCGAGUACAAUACGCAUCUAUUGACUGUAACAACGAACGAAAUUAUUUAACGCUAAGCAACAAACUAUUCUUGGCACACAUCAGCACGUAAAUUUAUCUAAAUAAAUGUGUCUUCUACUUUUAUUUACGAUAAUUAAACAUCUAGCAUUAUGCAAUAUUUCUGGUGCCAACACCAGGCAAUAGUAUUUAUUCACAUUCCUUAAAUAACUUAAUAGAAUUGUGUGCCAAUAAUAGUUUAAUUCACCCUAUUUAUUUGAAAUUUUCUAAUCCACUAAUUUAUUAGGUCAAUGCAAUAAUUAAAUCAUAUCAUCGAAGAAUAUAUUUUUACAAAAGAUUUAUCCAUGACAUCGUCUACGAAAUUUAAGUGUUUAUUUAAAUUAAAAUCUAGUAUUUGAAUACAUUCCGAAUGAUGCAUUUAAAUACCUAACAGACUGUUAUCAUUUCUCAUGGUUCACGUAGUUACCUCUAAUUAUCAUCCAAAUAACUUCAUUGUUCGUUAUAUUGAAUCUUUUAACAUAUGAUAUAAUAGAGGUAUAAGCUUUUUGUAGUAUAUUUAUUUUGUGUUGAGAGAUCGUGUUUUUAAGAUGUUUUAGUGGAAAAUGAGAGGAACAACAACAAAUUAUGUAGUAGCCUGUCGAAUUCCCGACAAUUGCCGCCGGAUUCCUAAAACCCAAUGAAAGUAAUUUUAACUUGAGAUUACAAAUAAAUUGCAGUCUUUAUUUCAUCUGCUGCAUAGAAGUUUCCAGUCCUAAUGAUCGCUUAUAUCCUAAUGCUUUCCAAUUAUUUUAAAGCAAUAAUCAUGCAUUUGCUAUGUUCAGUGGCAACUUCGGUUAUAACAUGUAUCAACGUCUAUAAAUUAGACAAAAUAACUAUUUUUAAAAGGAAUAAAAUAAUGAACUGUCUGGUAGACAAAAUUUUAUUGAAAUAUUCGUUCCUCUGAGUAAGAUGAUUAAUGUUGUGUUGUACGGAAUAAUUGUAAGAAAUCACAAUUAAAUAUUGUUAGUGAUU